AUGCAGAAGUUCUCCUGUUCCAAGAGGUGCUUUUCAAGCAGUAGUGUUGCCUACAAGUCUCACUGUUCGUUGGUUAACCCUGUUCAUCAUAGAGUUAGAAUUGAUAAAUCGAGGCUUUCACCAAGAUUUCCUGAGUUAAACUUGGAUAAGAAUGAUAUUAGAAAUCCUGGAUUUAACCCUGUAACAACGCACCAGGACCGUGUUCACGAACACUAUUUAAAUACUUUAAAAUCCGAUAUGCUUUUGAUUAACUAUGCACACAAUGCACAAACCAAAGCGGGGCUCAAAAAGAGAUCUUGGGAUGGAUCAUCACCAUACCACAUCAAUAGACCAUUAAGGAAACCUCAAGGCAGUACCAGUCAAUUACCUGAUUUACACCCAGUCAAAUGGCAUAACAUUCCAGAGGUUACCAGCGUCGUUUUGAACUGUUAUGUUAGGGAAGCCAAGGAGAACAAAUUGCUCGCCAUUUCUGCAGCAUUACAACUACAGCAAAUUACCGGUUGCAAACCACAUCCAAUUUUCUCAAAGAGCGAUGUACCCAGUUGGAAACUGAGACGAGGUAACCAGAUGGGGGCCAAAAUUGAAUUGAAAGGUAGACCGAUGUCGCAGUUCCUAUCAACAUUAACCGAAAUUGUUAUGCCCAGAAUAAGAGAGUACAAAGGUAUAAGUAACAAGUCUGGUAAUGGAUUAGGUUCAUUGUCCUUUGGUCUGACUUCAGAGGACGUAAAAUUCUUUCCAGAAAUCGAUUCUAACCAAGAUCUGUGGCCUAAGACCUUUGGUAUGCAUAUCAACAUUAACACUUCCGCACAGACCGAUGUUCAAGCUAGAACUUUGGUUAGUGGAUUCCAAAUCCCAUUUCAUGGUGUAGAAAAGAAGAGAAUUGCCUAA